CUCCCUCAGCGGGUCGUUCAGUUGUGUCGAAUCCGAAAACCGAGCACCGUCGUGGGGGUACCUGGCGGUUAACCGAGCUCCUACGGCAGUCAUGGCGGCGCCGUUAGCCCACUUUGAUGAGGACUGGCAGGACUUUAACGAAUUCAAGCCGUCCUCGGAGUCGGCCGAGCAGCUGGACAAGCUCAACUCAAACGUGGGCGACCCAUCGUCGGGCCUAGACGAUUUCUCCGACCUAGACAACAGUUUCUCCGGGGAGAUCUGCAGCUUCAAGUCGAUGGAAGACCUCGUCCACGACUUCGACGAGAAGCUGACAGUGUGUUUCCGAAACUAUAACACCGCGACAGAGAACAUAGCUCCAAUCAAACCCAUCACCGAGGAUAAUUAUCUGAAAGACGACGAGGUGUGGAACGCUUUGACGGAUAACUAUGGCAACGUGAUGCCUGUGGACUGGAAGACGUCGCACACUCGCUCCCUACACCUGCCCACACUCAACCUCACUGAGCAUGAGAAGUUAGAUAACCAGUCUCUAGAUCUGUCAGAUGAUGAGGAGCUGAGGGAGCAGAUGGAUAUGCACUCAAUCAUCGUCUCCUGCAUCAACGAUGAGCCACUCUUCACAGCUGAGCAAGUGAUAGAGGAGAUAGAGGAGAUGAUGCAAGAGUCUCCAGACCCAGAGGAUGACGAAAGUCCAUCACAAUCGGACCUGUCCAUGUUGUCUCAGGACCUCCACGCUUUGAAACGCUCUGGCUCCAACACCAGCUAUGAAGAUCGUCUGCGUCAGCUGUCUGUAUCUGAACUGACUGAGACUCUGGAGGAAGUGGAAUCAGCCAUUCGCCGCUACAGUGAAGAGCUGAUCCAGGCUCUGGCUCUGCGGGAUGAACUAGACUAUGAGAAGGAGGUGAAGAACAGCUUCAUCUCGCUGCUGAUUGACGUGCAGAACAGGCAAAAGGAGCAUCGCGAGCUGCUGCGCAAAAAGAAGAAGAUCAGAACUAUGACUACAACCGGUCCCAAUGGCCAGAGGACAGCCAGCACACACAUACCAGGCACGCUCCUCACUCUGGAGGGACUCUCCAAUGUCAUUCAAAAUGGUCUCCGUCAAACUUUUGGCACCACAGGAGGGGACAAACAGUACCUGACCACAGUGAUCCCGUAUGAAAAGAAGGCCGGCUCCCCUUCUGUUGAAGACCUGCAGAUCCUCACAAAGAUCCUCCAUGCCAUGCGGGAUGACAGUGAGAAGGUUCCUGCCCUUUUAACGGACUACAUUCUCAAAGCUCUGGUAUAAGAGCAGUGGAAACUGAGUUCUUUGUCCCACGUAAAGCCAAAGGCAUCUUCCCAGGACCAUCAACUGGACCAUCGCUAGUGGGUUCUGGUAAAUUAAAAGAACCCAUAUAAUGGAUUGAAACUUUCCUCCCCAUCUUUCACAAAAUAGACUUUUCCUUUUGGCAUUUUUUCCUUCGGUCACACUGUUGUUUUUAACUCUAGUUCCAAUAUUUUUUUAUUAACUUUUUAUUGCCAGAGUGCUACAUGUGCCCUGUAUAUCUUUAUUGCAUGAUGACCUGUCUGUGGAUGGAAGUAAUCAGUAUUGGUCCCAACACCUUCCUGAUUAACUAACUACUCAGGAGGUAUAGUUUUUUAUUCAGCAGACCUGUGUGAGCGAAAUCCAGGCCAGUUUCUUGCAUGUGCAUCCACGGGGUUCGUGCCUGACAGGAAAAACAAAUCCUGGUCGAAUCCCUAGAUCUCAGUGCCCUGUGAGGAAAAAAGGUUGAAAAUGUGAUUGCUAAGAAUCAAAUAGCAAAACACUUUGAUUUAAAAUGUCCAAAUUGUAGGUCUGCCUGUCUUUACACGGUGGUUUUUGGGUUUAUGCUCAUUAGCUGUUAUUUGAAUGUUGAAAUGAAAUAUUUUGUAUACAAUUAAGUGAAAUUGCACAAUUUUAAAGAACUUUUUUACUGAAGAAGGGACAAAGAUAAAAUGAAGAAGUUAAAGUGAGUUUGAAAGUUAAAAGCAGCAUGAACAAAUACUGUAAAGCAUAUUUUUGGAUAAGGAGUUGUUUUUCAUAAGAUUAGGGAAUUGCAAGUAGCCACUUUUGUGACCACAUUGCAGCAUCAUUGCUGUCUAACACCCUCUAAGCCCUAAAGCAAUGGCCGCUUCCCCAAAACUUUAUCACUUCCCCUAGAGCCAUCACAUCAGUCUGCAUUUUACCUUAUAGACCUUAUAGUCAUAUUGUUAUAUAAAUAGUAUGUUGUUAAGAUAAUUGUAUAGUUACUCUUCUAUUAUAAGUUGUGGGGGUUUCUCUGUUUACCCUUUUAACUGUUGUAGCAAUAUGAGUCAGUGUUUGAUGAAACUUAGAAAUGUUGCUUUGUGCCGAAAACCUGCCCCAUGUUGACGUGAUCAUUUGCUCAGUUUAAAUUCUUAUCAGAAGUCUUAAAGGGGCAUUCCAUUGACAUUACUCAACCGUUAGUACCAGUCACCCUGGGAAACCAGUUUGUAACAGCUUAUAAACAGAGGCCAAGUGUCAGAAGCUUGAGAGGCUCUUAACUGUUCAGUGACAGUAGCAUAGAUGCACUUUUGAUCUCCAGCAGCGAGGCAUCGACUGUAUCUGAUUAAAAUGUGAUGCAUGAAUUUCAUGCUUGCAAGGAGAUAAAAAGGGACACAAGGACUAAAUGGGCGUGAUAGAGAUGUUGGGGACAAUUGCACAAAAGAUGGCUUAAAUAGCAGGGGUGUAUUCUUUUAUAAAUAGAUUACAAAAACAUGGCACUAUAUUUAACUAUUUGUUUGUACUGUGGCCAGCUUGGAAAAACCAUUCAUAACUUAGCAUGUGCUGCAUGCACUUUACUGCUGCCAACGCAUUUAAACAUUAUUAUUAAUGUUUUUGUUUACAGAUAUGUUAGUGUCACACUAAAGGGACGGAUGUAGGAUGCAUUAAUGCUAACUUCUAAAAACAAAUGAACAUUUAAGUUAACAGGUUUAAUAAAAAUCACAUAGAAGGUUGUGAGUGCUAAUGAUACACAAGCCAUUUAAAUGAAACAAUGCAGCUGAUUGUAAUCUGGUACAUUAACAACUUCUAGGUUUCUGAAAUGGUAGACAGUAUAGAAGUUACUAAAGAUUCAUCUCAGGCCUUGUGGUCUUUUCUUAACAGACAUAUCAAAUAGAUUUAUAUUUAUAUAUGUUUGACAAAACAAGCAAUGUAAAGGAGGCUGCCUGCAUAAGUGUCCAACUCCUGUUGUCUUUGUAAUAUAAUUCUCCUGUUUGGAGGUUUAUGUUUACUGUCUCAUGUGGUACUGCAGUAUAUUAAUUUAUUAUGUAAAUGUUCAUGUAGUAUCCAUGUUAUUGACUGUAGUGGUUUGUACCCACAUUGCAACUCAUUUCAAAUAAAUUAAUGUGAAGACA